UCGGCGAAACAGCAGCAGCAGCAUCGUCUCGUCAACAUUGCGGCUACUGCUCAACAGCCGCCCCCUCCUCCUCCACAACCGCAGCAACAGCCACCGGCACAGCAGCAGCAGCAUCACGUGGAUCCACAGCAUACGGAUGCUAACUACGACUAUAUCAUUCGGCCCGGUGAGGUGUGGAUGAAUAGGUACUACAUCAACAGCCUCAUUGGAAAAGGCUCCUUUGGACAGGCGAGUCCCCUCUACAACACCCUCCUUGGCGCUCUUUCGUUUAACGUCAUGAAAGCACGUGACUUCCUGGCAAACGAGGACGUUGCAGUGAAGAUUAUCAAGAACAAGCGUGCUUUCACCAAUCAAGCACAGGUGGAAAUACGUCUUUUAAGGAAGAUGAACAGGCUUCAGGAUGCCCUCGGGGACAACGCCUCCGGAGGCAACUACAUCGGUAUGUCGUCUCAUCGGUCUGCUUUUAACCACUGUUGA